CCGUUGAUUGGCUCGUCGCCUCCUCCCUUCUCGGUCUGACGGUCUGACCAGUGCCGGGUAGGAAGCGUAAUUUUGAGGAGAGACUCCGACCCGCGCCGCCGCCGCCGCAGCCAAGCCAUGGAGGGAUCCGCCGGGGCGCCGCUCCGCACGCGCGUGUGCAUCAUCGGGAGCGGGCCGUCGGCGCACACGGCGGCGAUCUACGCCGCCCGCGCGGAGCUCAAGCCCGUGCUCUUCGAGGGCUGGCUCGCCAACGACAUCGCGGCGGGGGGCCAGCUCACCACCACCACCGACGUCGAGAACUUCCCGGGGUUCCCCGAGGGGAUCCUCGGCGGCGAGCUCAUGGAUCGGUGCCGCGCCCAGUCCCUCCGGUUCGGCACCAGCAUCAUCUCCGAGACCGUCACCGCGGUCGACUUCUCCGCCCGCCCCUUCCGCGUCGCCUCCGACUCCACCACCGUGCUCGCCGACGCCGUCGUCGUCGCCACCGGCGCCGUCGCCCGGCGACUCCACUUCGCCGGCUCCGACGCCUACUGGAACCGCGGCAUCUCCGCCUGCGCCGUCUGCGACGGGGCCGCCCCAAUCUUCAGGAACAAACCCAUCGCCGUCAUCGGCGGCGGCGACUCCGCCAUGGAGGAGUCCAACUUCCUCACCAAGUACGGCUCCCAUGUGUACAUCAUCCACCGCCGCAACACCUUCCGCGCCUCCAAGAUCAUGCAGGCCAGGGCGUUGUCAAACCCCAAGAUCCAGGUUUUCUGGGACUCUGAGGUCGUCGAGGCCUACGGCGGCGAGGGUGGAGGUCCAUUGGCUGGUGUCAAGGUGAAGAACUUGGUUACUGGGAAGAUCUCCGACCUUCAGGUGUCCGGUCUCUUCUUCGCCAUCGGACAUGAACCGGCGACGAAGUUUCUCGGCGGGCAGCUUGAGCUCGAUGCUGAUGGGUAUGUGGCCACCAAGCCAGGCUCCACGCACACCAGUGUGAAGGGGGUCUUUGCUGCUGGGGAUGUGCAGGACAAGAAGUAUCGCCAGGCUAUUACUGCCGCUGGAUCAGGGUGCAUGGCUGCUUUGGACGCGGAGCACUAUCUGCAGGAGGUCGGUGCACAGGAGGGCAAGGCCGAUUGACUAUCUCAGGAGGAAGCGACCACCAGCGUUUCAAGAAGUCCAACGUUGUCGCUGCUGAAAGCUACACUCUGAACGUUUAUGCCAUGGGCUGUUCUGACUUCUGAAUGCUUCUACCGGAUUUUCCUGCCCCUUAUUAGCGUCGUAUUAUUUGAUGUGCUGGAGAUUUAUCUGUAUUUACGCUGAAGACGACGUAUUGCUUGCGGGUAUCCGCAUUUUCUGCAUUUGCUUAUGAUUGAGUUAUUGUGACAUUUGGCGUUUUUAGUACCAAACUAGCAAGGAAUUGUGUAUUCUGAAGACCAUUCCGAUCAAUGCUACUGAUAUGGUGGAUAUCACUAUUGUUUUCCUGGAAA